GUGUUUUCGCCCCGCGCCCCCGACAUACCAGUUGCUAAAUCUCGCCCCGCGCCCCCGCUAAACAGCGGGUUUUCGCUCCGCGCCCCCGCCUUUUUAAGGUUUAAAUCUACUUUUCGCCCCGCGACCCAGCUAAAUAACGAGUUUUCGUCUUCCGGUAUGUGAAUUAGCAUAUGUAGGGGUUUACAAGAUUGUGUUUUCAAUAUGUCGGAUGGAUGUUACACAUCUUUGAAUGCCAGCAGUGCGGUCACGGAAAGAGACGAGUUAAUACGAGAAUAUUUUUUCGCCGGGUACACUUACAGCGAGAUUAUAACAAUUUUGAAUCGACGUCAUGGCACUACGAUCAGCCUCAGACAGCUUAGCAGGCGCCUAAGGUUGCUUGGUCUUAGAAGACACAAUAUGCCAGGAAAUGAAGGCACAGUUAUUGAAGCUAUCCGUCGUGAAAUUGAGGGAAGCGGCUCCUCACUCGGAUACAGAGCUAUGACUCGACGUCUACUGUCUUCGCACGGCAUAGUUGCUUCAAGACAAACGGUGGCUGCAGUUCAAAGAGAACUUGAUCCAGAAGGUGUCCGACUUCGGCAACAUCGCCAGUUCACACGUAGAAUCUACAUCAAUAAAGGACCCAAUUACUUGGUGCAUAUCGAUGGAUACGAUAAGCUGAAGCCGUACGGUUUUCCCAUCCAUGGGGCAAUAUGUGGAUUUUCUAGAAAAAUACUUUGGCUGAAAGUUGCCAGAUCUAACAACGAUCCAAAAGUUGUAGCGACCCUCUUUCUGGAGUAUUUAAAUGCUAUAAAUGGUGUUCCAAGGUGUAUUCGAACUGACGCAGGAACCGAAAAUGUAUUGGUCCAAGACAUGCAAAUGGCGUUUCGAUGGGAACAUUCGGAUGACAUGAGCGCAGAACGUAGUGUAAUAAUUGGGAGUUCACAUUCUAAUCAGCGUAUAGAGCGUUGGUGGCUGUCAAACAGACAAGGUGGAUGUCAGUACUGGAUAGAUUUCUUUAAAGAUAUGGAAAACGCUGGACUUCUCUCAACAAGUGACGAACUACACAUGUGAGCAUAUAAAGCCAAUAUCAAUUAACUAAUAUAUUACCAGAAACUUUUCAAUUGGAAUUGGACCAUUUCAUAUUAGGACAUAAGCUAUCUGUCAAGAAAGAUGGCCAGUAUAGUUUUAAUCAAACGUGCAACUUACUGGACUAUGCUACAUGUCUUUCA